GUAUUGUAGAAAGCCUUGAAUUAUCUUUUCAAUUUAAGGGUAAGGAUAAAUUAAUAAAAUCUAGUAUUGAUAAAGUUUUAAAUGAUUUUGUAGUCUGCAAAGAACCUAAAGAUGAUCUUGUAUUAGGAAUACAAUGGUUGUGGUUGCGUAAAGCAAAAAUCGAUCUUUAUGGUGAAAGAAUUUUAUUCUAUGAUAGAGUAAUAUCAUUUUACAUGAAUCUAUCUUAUGAUUUAGAGAACACGGAGUAUCCUGCUUCACAGAGAGAUAAUACUGCAUAUGAGUUCUUAUCUUCAUCUUCAUCUGGGUCUGACUCUGAUUCGUCUAGCUACAAAGUGAUUAUG